CCUCGGACCGGACAAGCGACGCUGCGACCCAGCCGACCCGUGUCACGAGAAAAACGGAGGAUGUCAGCACCUGUGCGAGAACGUCAGCGGUCAGCCUCGAUGCUCCUGUCCUCGGGGGCUGAAGCUGGAGGACGACCAGCGCACGUGCACCGACGAGGACGAGUGCCAGACGCCGGGCACGUGCAGUCAGCGGUGCCACAACGCCUUCGGGUCUUACUCGUGUACGUGCGAUCAGGGGUACCAGCUGGCCGCCGAUGGAAGGUCCUGUUAUAAGAUCGAGAUGGAGGUGGUGAACCCGUGCCACACCGGGAACGGAGGCUGCGAGCAGAUCUGCGAGCACGGGCCGGAAGGAGCUGUGUGCAGUUGCAACGCUGGCUACGUGCUCGGGUCAGAUGGCAGGACUUGCGUGGACGUCGACGAGUGCCAAGCGGGGAGCCACCGGUGCCAACAGGAAUGCCUCAACACGCCAUCGGGAUACGCCUGUUCCUGCAAGCCCGGAUUCACUCUCAGUUCAGACGGCUUCUCCUGUACAGACGUAGACGAAUGCCGCGAGAGGAACGGAGGAUGCGAACACUUCUGCAGGAAUAACGUAGGAUCUUUCACCUGUUCCUGUCGCGAGGGCUACCGGCUGGUGGGGAGGACGCGCUGUCUCGACAUAGACGAGUGCCGUGAGAAUAACGGAGGCUGUGAACAAUACUGCAGGAACAAACCAGGGUCUUUUGAGUGUCUCUGUCGACGGGGAUACCGCAUUGUUGACAGGACGCGGUGUUUGGACAUAGACGAGUGCCGGAGGGGAAACGGAGGCUGCGAACACCAGUGCCUAAAUACCCCGGGGUCCUUUACCUGUUCCUGCCCCCCUGGUUUUCCGCUCGGGUCGACGGGAAGCGUGUGCGAAGAUCACUCAUCCAUCCUCCCGUUUCCCCACAACCUCCUCAGACAUAGACGAGUGCCGGAGGGGAAACGGAGGCUGCGAACACCAGUGCCUAAAUACCCCGGGGUCCUUUACCUGUUCCUGCCCCCCUGGUUUCCGCUCGGUCGACGGGAAGCGGUGCGAAGACGUCGACGAGUGUCAGGAACGGACCGACGGAUGCGAACACUACUGCAGGAACACCGCAGGGUCCUUCACGUGCUCAUGCUUGCGAGGAUACCGCCUGGUGGACGACAGGAGGUGCGAGGACCCUUGCAAUAUCACUCUGACGACGCGAGCGACGACGGGAACCGAAGCCUCAUGACUCUUCUGUCCACCUCAGCCGUCCCGACUGACCUCGGGCAGGACAUCGCCGUCUCUCAGCGCGGGCAAGUCGACGACGUCACAGAGAACGGCCUCCAGAUCCUCGAGGACGACUUCACGGACCUGACGAACGACCUGACGGUGGUCGAGACCGAGAGGAGCUGGACAGUGGACGAGAAGGGGACAUGGAGGAUCGAGGGGGACAGGGACUCGAGAGGACGAGGAAAAACCACUGGCAUGGACGACCGUCGACGGGGUCCGGGCGAAGGAGAGGGCCAGAGAAAGGGCCAGGACGCCGUCGACGACAGGAGAUGGAAGUUAGACGAAGGGCGGCGCUGGGAGACCGAGGGACAGAGGCCGCUCAGACCGGGCGGGGGCAGGGGCGACGAAGACGAGUCCAGAUAUAACAACACGACCUGGCGAAGGAGGAGUUGCUUGGACCUGGGGAAGGGGACGGCUUCAGACGACCUGGCGAAGGAGGAGUUGCAAGACUGGGGAAGGGACGGCUUCAGACGACCUGGCGAAGGAGGAGUUGCAAGACCUGGGGAAGGGGACGGCUUCAGACGACCUGGCGAAGGAGGAGUUGCAAGACCUGGGGAAGGGGACGGCUUCAGACGACCUGGGGAAGGAGACGGCUACAGACGACCUGGCGAAGGAGGAGUUGCAAGACCUGGGGAAGGGGACGGCUUCAGACGACCUGGCGAAGAAGACGGUUUCAGACGACCUGGCGAAGGAGACGGCUUCAGACGACCUGGGGAAGAUGGAGCUGGAAUACCUGGCGAAGGAGACAGUUUCGGAAGACCUGCAGAAGGUGGCAGUCCUGGAAGAACUGGAGAAGGAAACGGAAUAAGGAGACCUGGAGAGGGAGGCGAGGCUGAAAGACCAGGGGAAGGAGGCGGCUUCGGAAGACCAGGAGAAGGAUCUUGGAGACCUGGAGAAGGAGAUAGUAGACCACGAGAGGGCGACGGCUUAGGAAGACCUGGAGAAGACGGAGGAGUGAAAAGACCAGAAGAUGGUUUCAGACAGCCUGGGGAAGGAGACAUAUUUGGAAGACCUAGUAGACCUGGAGAAGGCGGCGGCUUUGUAAGACCUGGAGAGAGAGGCAAAGAUGGUAGACCAGGAGAAGGAGAUGGCUUCAGACGACCAGGAGAAGGAGAUGGCUUCAGACGACCAGGAGAAGGAGAUGGCUUCAGACGACCAGGAGAAGGAGAUGGCUUCAGACGACCAGGAGAAGGAGAUGGCUUCAGACGACCCGGAGAGGGAGGAGUGAAAAGACCUGGAGAGGGAGGAGAAUUAGGAAGACCAGAAGGUGGAGGAAUUGGAAGACCUGGAGAAGGAGGCGGCUUCGGGAGACCAGGAGAAGGAGAUGGUUUCAGACCUCCUGGGGAAGGGGACAUUUUUAGAAGACCUGGGGAAGGUGGCGGAUUUAGAAGACCAGGAGAAGGAGAUGGUUUCAGACGACCUGGAGAAGGAGGAGUGAAAAGACCUGGGGAAGUAAGUGGACCCAGACGACCUGGUGAAGAAGGAGGAUUAGAAAGACCUGGAGAAGGAGGUGGCUUCAAAAGACCCGGAGAAGGAGGUGGCUUCAAAAGACCCGGAGAAGGAGGAGGAGUAAAAAGACCUGGAGACGGAGACGACUUCAGACGACCCGGGGAAGGCGAAGUGACAAGACCUGGAGAAGGAGACAUUUUUGGAAGACCUGGCUGUCCAAGGGGUUUCUUCGGGCCCGGCUGCCAGUCCUCGUGCGACCAGUGCCCCGGCAAGUGCAGCGAGGGGGGGUGCGUGUGUCCCCCGGGGAGGACGGGGCCCAACUGCCAGGAGCCGUGUCCCGCGGGAUCCUUCGGGCAGGACUGCAAGCAGGUGUGUGAGUGCGAGAACGGCGGGUCCUGUGAUGCUGAGACGGGAAGUGCAUAUGUCCUCCAGGAGUCUUGGGGGAUCGGUGUGAGGAUGGCUGUCCCGCAGGUGAGGAUGCACGGGUUUUGCUUCUUUGGACAAACCUGCCGACGCCGCUGUCCCAUCCAAUGCCCGAACUCGCGUUGCAAUCGGAUCUUCGGGUUCUGUGAGUGUGACCCGGGACGAUUCGGACCCAACUGCAACAUGCCCUGCCCGGGUAUGACGUGGGGUGCCAACUGCCGCCAUCAGUGCCAGUGCCGCGUCCAGAGCACUCGUCUCUGCCGGCCGGAGCCAGAACGGGAGCUUGGACGGCCGGAAGGAACUCAGGCACCACGGUUAGGUCAGGGUAGUGGAACCAGGACCUUAGGGGACGGGAAGUGUGAAUGCCAACCGGGAUAUACGGGAAGGAACUGCUCCGACCUCUGCCCUCCUGGUCGCUGGGGAGCCGACUGCGAGAACACCUGUGUCUGCGAGGACGGGAGGAGGUGUGAUCACGUGACGGGUGCUUGCCUCCAGGAGUGUCCAGCUGGCUUCACGGGACCCGGUUGCGAGCGGCCGUGCGGCGAGGGCAGUUUCGGGCCCGGCUGCAAGAGGGUGUGCGAGUGCGGUGUUCGGCCCUGCGAUCCGGUGACGGGGGAGUGCCGCUGCGCCCCCGGCUUCCACGGGGAGAACUGCCUUCUGCCCUGUCCUGAAGGCCUGUGGGGCGUGGACUGCCUGCAGAAGUGCGAGUGUGAGGGCAACAGUACCUGCAGUCGCGUGACGGGGGCUUGCCAGUGUCCUCGGGGUUCGACGGGUGAGGCGUGCGAGAGGCAGUGCAGGCCCGGGCGGUGGGGAGAAGGUUGCAGACAGUCUUGCAGGUGUCUCAACGGUGCAACGUGUGAUCCUGUGACUGGCAAGUGCAUAUGUGGCGCCGGCUUCACGGGUCCGUACUGCGGCCGGCACUGCCCCCCAGGACGGCAUGGCCACGACUGCGCCCACGUGUGCCAGUGCCCGGGCGGGGGCCAGUGCCACCGCGUCACCGGGCACUGUUCCUGCCCGCCGGGAAGGACUGGACAGAAGUGCCGGGAAACGUGUCCUGAAGGCUCGUACGGCGUGGACUGUGCCAUGAGCUGCAGGUGCGAGAACAACGCCACGUGCGACCCCGUGUCCGGCGCCUGCACGUGUACCCCGGGAUGGCAAGGCAGGUACUGUUCCGAGCCUUGUCCCGCGGGGUUCUGGGGCCGUGAGUGCCGUCGCGUGUGUGAGUGUGGCACUGGCACCUGCGAGCCUACCACGGGAGACUGCAUCUGCCCACCGGGGGAGGAGUGUGACAGGGCGUGCCCGCCCGACCGCUGGGGCCCCACCUGCGAGAACAUCUGCCUCUGCCACAACGGCGGCACCUGCGACCGCGUCUCCGGCCUGUGCAUGUGUCCUCCUGGCUUCACCGGCGCCACGUGUCAAGACAGGUGUCCCCCAGGAAGCUUCGGCGAGAAGUGCCAGUUCUCCUGCUUGUGUCAGAACGGUGCCACCUGCAUGCAUGACACCGGCGCCUGCGUUUGUCCUCCUGGUUAUAGAGGCACCUACUGCGAGGAAGGGUGUGAUGACGGCAGCUACGGCCCAGGGUGUCUCCUGACGUGUGCCUGCCAACGAGGGGGGAAGUGUGACCCCGUGACAGGGACGUGCACUUGCCCCCCGGGAUGGGAUGGGGAGAAGUGUGACAGGCCUUGUCCACAGGGGCUGUGGGGACAAGACUGCAAUAACAUGUGUAAUUGCAAGCACGGAGGCUCCUGUCACCAUGUCACAGGAGUGUGCCAGUGCCCCUCUGGCUUCACAGGGGAAAACUGCGAAGAUAUCUGUCCGCGAGGAUUUUAUGGCAAGGACUGCAACCAGCGAUGUACGUGUGCCAGGAAUCAGCCGUGCCACCACAUAACGGGUGCCUGCAAAUGCCCGCCGGAGCGGGGGCACAGUGCCAUGAUUGUGAUCUGCCCCGAAGGAAAGUGGGGCGAGCAGUGCAAGAGGAGUGCCAGUGCAAGGCUCUUCACUCUGCGACCCGUCAGCGGCGCCUGCGUGUGUCCCCCAGGCACUCGAGGCCGGAAGUGUGGCAAAGGUUGUCCUCCAGGCUUUUAUGGCAUCGAGUGCAAGGAGAAAUGCGAGUGCGAGAACGGAGGUCGAUGUAACUCGACGACUGGGGCUUGUGAGUGCCCCGAGGGAUUCUACGGCCCCACGUGCUCCCUCCCCUGCCCUGACGGUACAUACAGCACCCACUGUAACCAGACGUGUGAUUGCGAACACGGGGGCGUCUGCACCAGGAGCGGGGAGUGCAGAUGCCCGGCUGGGUACGUUGGGCCCAAGUGCGAGAACCGGUGCCCGGCCGACAAGUGGGGCUUGCAGUGUGCCAACGAGUGCCAGUGCAAAAACGAUGCCAUUUGCCAUCCAGCGACGGGCGAGUGCCAGUGCGGGCUGGGCUGGACGGGAGACGACUGCACCCUCCCGUGUCCCACUGGUCACUACGGCCCGACUGCCAGCUGGACUGCGCUGCCACCACAACGCACCUGUGAUCGGUUCAGCGGCUGUUGCAUCUGCGGCCCGGGGAGAUACGGCCGCUAUUGUGAACUUGAGUGCCCCCCUGGGUUCCACGGCGACUAUUGCACGCAAGUCUGUGAGUGUGAGAACGACGCCACGUGCAACCCAUACAGCGGCCAGUGCAUCUGUCCUCCUGGCCUGACGGGGGACACCUGCGCCGACAGAUGCCCGGAAGGGACGUUCGGCCUCGAGUGCCAAAAGGAGUGCCAAUGCGGCCCUCACCCCUGCCGGAAAGACACAGGAGAGUGCCUGUGUCCUGCGGGAUUCAAGGGACCCGGAUGUGAGAUGCAGUGCGGCCCUGGGCGGUACGGGCUCGGGUGCCAGCAGCAGUGUGAGUGCCGAAAUGGUGCGACCUGUGACCCUGCGACAGGUCAAUGCACCUGUCCGCCGGGCUGGAUCGGGCCAACGUGUCAGGAGAAAGACCUGUCAGUGUUCACCACACACCCAGACCACCGGGACCGCUCAGACAUCCCCGUGGAAGAUAGUUGAGACCACUCUUCGCCCCUCUACACAUCGUCAGCUCACGUCGAACCUCUGAAAUUACAUCACGUCUCUAUACUUUAUGCGUCGGAAACCUACGUCACGUGAUAUUAUGACGUGAUACCUACGUCACAUCUCCACACUGCUGA